GGUUCUCGGACACGGCAACAGCGGUCCCGUCCGUUAUGUGGGUCACCAGAUCCAAUGACGUCGAUGCGAAAAAGAGAGUAAUCAGCCACUUUGAACCCGAGAAAAGCCUCAGCCACUAGAAAUGAGCAUCUCAGUGGAGGCGCGGAGUUGAUGGGUGUCGUCUUGGAGGGGAGGAGAAGGAGAAAUUUGUUCCAUUAUUGUUCUAUGGUUUUCUCUGACCCCUGCUUACAAGCCUCCUCUCAUUCUUAGUGGUCAUCACCUCAUCAGUGAGACAAGACACGAUAUACCUCCACUAGGUGUACUAUACCUAGGUCGACGUUGGAUCUUGAUCCUCCAGACACUCAGCAAGAGUCAUUCCUUUGUGAGAGUCACUUCGUCAAUAUCAAUUAGCAGCCGGAUCAUCUCGUAUACUCUCAAGCCCAGUCAUCCGAUUUAGACAGUUGCCGAUCCUUUUCACAAUGCCCGAUCAAGACUCGUCACAACCCUCCGAAUUCUGGUUAUAUGGAUACGGAAGCUUGAUAUGGAAGCCUCCGCCACACUUCGGUAAAUCACCAGUGCCCGUCUUACACGAUCAACGGCCUUUCCGCUGACACUUGAUCUUACUUGUUAGACCGCAGAAUUCCUGGAUGGGUAGAUGGCUAUGUUCGUCGUUUCUGGCAGGCUAGGUAUGCCUUCAAACAACCGAAGUGAAACUCUAACUAAAAUCGAUCACAGUGAGGACCAUAGAGGCACUCCUGAGGCCCCCGGGCGUGUCGUCACUCUAAUCGAGAGAUCUUACUGGGAACAGCUAACUGAUAGUCACGACUCUGCUCCAGAGCGAGUUUGGGGGGUUGCAUACCGUAUCAUUCCUGAGAAAGUAGCCGAAGUCAAGGAGUAUCUCGAUAUUCGCGAGAUCAACGGCUACACCAUUCACUACGCUCCAUUCCAUCCUGCCGAUGGCUCCCCCCCUAUUCGCACUCUGGUCUACAUCGGCACUCCAGAUAAUGAGCAAUUUGUCGGCCCCCAGGAGCCCCAGGAGCUCGCCGAGCACAUCUUCCGCAGUCAAGGGCCCAGUGGCCUGAACAAAGACUACCUGUUGAGUCUCGAUACCGCCCUCAGCGAGCUUGCUCCCGAUAGUGGCGAUCAUCACAUCCAUGAUCUGGCCCGCCGUGUCAGGGAACUUGAGAAGAAUUGUGAGGAUGAAACUAAACUCCUCAACCCAACGACUUCAGUCCAUCAACAAAAGCACAGUACUGAAGAAGCCGAGGAGAUCGAAGAGCCACAUCACUAAGAAACGGACAAUGCAUCAAAUACACAGACAUCUCAGCAAGCGCAUAUAAAUAGACGAUAGAUCCUCAUGAUGAGUAGCAUACUUAUAAUGAGCAGUUAGAUGCCAAUCCUCAUGCUUCGUGCCAUCGCUCCACAACUUUCACCAAGUUCAGUCUCGGUUAGCCAGCGGUAUUCACGUAUCAAAGCACACGUAAUCAAAAGGAACAGGUCGCAUGCAGCGCCAUUUCGCA